GAUGAGACACCUACUAUCACCUCUAACAAAGUUGAAAAUGGUAACAAUGAAGAGGCAAAAGAAAUGUCAUAUACUGUGAUGGAGCUGAAGCAGAUGGUUGCUAUGGCUUUACAAGAUGAUCGAUCUCUGGCCGUAGACCUGCAAACACUCUUAUUUUCAGACGAUCCAGAUAUACCUUCAGAGCAACCAGAAAGUGAUGGUCCUUCACCAUCCACUGUGGUAACAUCCAUAAUGAAGACUGAUUUGGAUGAUGUUUUAAUUGCUGAGCUACCACUUUCUAAACCUAAUGAAGGAACAGAGCAGCAA